AAUUAGGAUAAGAUAGACAUAUACAGUAAAUAUUAGUUCAGUUAUGAGACUUUUUCAGAUAGAGACAGUGCUAGUGUUAAUAUCACUGAUUACACUAUCAAGUGGAUAUAAAGAAGAACCAAAUGAAUAUGAACAUGACAGUGUAAGACAUAUAGAUUAUGAACAAGAUCAAAUGCCAGUUAAAAUAAACGGUGCACAAAAAGUUAAACGAAUGCUUUUUUAUAAACAAAUGCCAAAUGAAUAUGAGCGUGAAAGUGUGAAUUAUGCUAUGGAUGAAAAUAAUCAAACACCAGCUCAAGAUAGAAACUGGCAAGUGAGACCAAAAGUUAAAAGAAUGUCACAAAAAGGUGGAAAAACUGUUCAUAUAUAUCUCAAAAAUGAAGACAAAGCUCAACAACGUUUAUCGAAACAAACCAAACGUUCUACAACCACAACAACGACUACAACUAAUAAGCCAGGCAAAACUGAAGAAAUUGAAACACAGACAAGAAAAACACCUGAAUUAACUACUAAAGCUGAUAAUAUUAGGAAUAUAGAAUAUACUGACACUAAAAAACCCAGUGACAGUCUUCCAUCAGGAUCUAUUCCAAGUCGUCAAACGGCAAAUCCAUUAGAUUCAGAAACAGAAUCAAGCAUUCAUCAUCCAGAGGUUAUUAAAGAAAAAAUUAAGAUUAAACAUCAUCAUCACCACCAUCAUCACAAUCAUGUUAAAACUGUGGUUAAAAAGGAGCCAUUUCCAGUCGAAAAAAUCGUCCAUGUACCAGUUGAGAAAAUCGUAGAAAAAGUUGUUGAGAAAAAGGUUCCAUACAAGGUAGAAGUCGAAAAAAUUGUCCACGUUCCUGUCGAGAAAAAGGUUGAGGUUCCAGUUGAAAAAAUUGUUGAAAAAGUCAUCCACGUACCAAAACCUUAUCCAGUAGAAAAACUUGUUGAAAAAAUAGUCAAAGUUCCGGUAGAAAUUCAAAAAUUUGUUGAAAGGAAGGUUCCAUAUGAAGUUAAAGUCCCAGUGCAUAUACCCGUAGAAAAAAUUGUUGAAAAGAUUGUACAUGUUCCACAACCAUAUCCAGUCGAAAAAUUUAUUGAGAAGAAGGUACCAUAUCCAGUAAAAGAAUAUGUCAAAGUUCCAGAACCCUAUCCCGUGGAAAAAAUUGUUGAAAAGUACAUCAAGGUUCCAACACCAUAUCCAGUAGAAAAGAAGGUACCCGUGGAAGUCCCAGUUCACAUCCCGGUAGUGAAAGAAAUUGAAGUCCCAAAACCUUAUCCAGUUGAAAAAAUUGUGGAAAAAUACAUAAAAGUCCCUACUCCAUAUCCCGUGAAAGUAGCUGUACCAGUUGAAAAAAUUAAAGAAGUUAAGGUUCCUGUAUUUAUUCCGGCUCCUCCACUUAAAGCAGCCCAUCAUCAUAACCAACAAAAUUCAAUAGAGAAUCCAUUUACUGGCUUCACUGGAAAUUUUAAUCUAGAUGAUUCAUUUUUUGCAGCAUCAAAAAAUCAUGAAAAUUUAAAAAAGAAACAUAGAUUUAAUCCAGAUAAUAAUUCUCAAGACGAUGAGCCAUAUAGAAGAAAUAUAAAUCUCAAGGGAAAUAGACAACAUCAACAUCAGCAGUUUAUGCAACAACAACAACAACAACAACAACAAAAUCUAUAUGAUCAACUUCAAAAGCAUCAAAAUCGCCAGAAUCAGGAACAUCAACAGCAGCAAAUCCGUCAAAUUCAGCAACAUCAACAGCAGCAGCAAAAUCGUCAAAAUCAGGAACAUAAAAAUCAGAUUAAUCAUCAACAUCAAAAUUUGAAUCAUCAACAGCAAAAUAACCCUCAACAAAAUCAGCAUCAGCAAAGGAAACCUGCCGAUAACAAUAUUAUUCAUCAUCAAGUGAAUAAUUAUCAAAAUAAUAAAGCGCAGCAGAAUCAACAGAACCAGCAGCAUCAAUCACACAAUCCACAAUUUGCAGUCGUAUCAAUCCCAAAGAAUUUACAAAAGAUCCCAUUCGAUACACCCCAGCCACCUAGUGGAUUUACAUUAAAUACUAACUUUAAUAAUAAUAACCAUAAUCAGAAGCAAAAUAAUCAAAAUCCUCAUCACUUGCCACUUUCACAAAAUCAAAAUGGUCCUGGAUCAUACUCUAUAAAUCAUCAUUUCCCUUCACAAACUUUAAAACCUGUUGACGAUCAUGUCACAGAAGCAAGCACACAAUAUGAAACAUUUAGUGCUUAUCCAAAUGGUCAAUAUGUGCAACAUGUUGUAACACCUCAAAAUUAUUAUCAGGCACAAAUGCCACAACAAGAAAUUCUUCCAAUACCACAACACCAAACCACAUAUAAUCUACAAGCUCAUCCUCAGCAACAAUUUGCACAAGCUUCAGAACCUCAGUAUCAAAUCCAAUAUCCUAAUCAACAGAUUAACCAACAAUUUCAACAGUCACAAGCUAUUGUAAAUCCUGAAGUUUUUCAACCAAGCUUUGGCAUACCUCAACAAUAAUCUCAAGUGGAAAAAAUAUAAUUCAGUAACUCCAACCAUACACUAAAGGCUG